GUUGUGUUUUAGGUGUGAGCUUGACGGUUAUUUUAACCGGGGGGAGAGAGAGGGGAGCCUGUUGUGGUGGUUCUGGUCGAGUCCAGUCCCCCCUUGGUCACGAAACAUGACGGCGAGGAAGUCUGGCUCACGACUGGAGUCAGAGAUAGAGCGGUGCCGCUCGGAGAGCCAGUGGGACAAGAUUCCGGAGCUGGUUCGGCAGCUGUCGGCGAAACUUAUAUCCAACGAUGAUUUAGGUGAGUUGCUGUUGGGAGAAUCUAAGCUCCAGACUUACUUGAAGGAAAAUCCCAUCAAACAGGGCUCCAGCCCCCGGGGUCCACGACCCAAACUGGUGGAGGUGAGGAAGCACCUUACUGCUGCUCUAGACCGAGGAAACCUCAAGGCUGAUUACUUGCAGGAAGCCAGUCUUUUGAUGGCCAAAAUCUGUUACAUAGAGGGGGAAUACAAAGAUGCUUUAGGUCAUUACAGCCGGGUGAACCUGGAUGACAUGCAGCUGGUUGGAGCUCCUGUGUACAGGCUGUCCAUGAUAGCUGAGGCCUACGCUACCAAAGGCUUGUGUUUAGAGAAGGUCCCAUCUUCCUCUCCUACUCUCUCGAACAAGAACUCUCCAUCGACCAAUCGGAGCCCAGCAGAGCGGGAGCAGGAAAUCAUCACCUGCUAUGAAAAGUCCGGAGACAUUGCUUUGCUCUACCUCCAGGAAGCUGAGAAGGCCUUAUCAGCAGGCAUUCAGAACCGCAGCCCAAAGCCAGGACCAACAUCUCAGGAUCUGGAGCUGGGCUACUUCCUAGAGACAGGCCUGCAGAGAGCCCACGUCAUCCACUUCAAGAAUGGAAACCUGACGCAGGGUGUGGGCAGGUUUCGGGAGAUUCUCCGGGCCGUUGAAACCAGAACCACCCAGAAUCUUCGCAUGACAAUAGCCCGGCAGCUGGCAGAGAUCCUGCUCCGAGGGAUGUGCGAACAGAGCUACUGGUCUCCUCUGGAGGAUCCUCCAACAGUGUCACCGUUGGAUAAUCCCACACAGAAAGGGCUUACCUAUAGCAAGAACUACACCCUAAGCCGACGCCCACGAGUAUACUCGGGAGAGAAUCUGUUUUGUCCCCAGGAGAACACAGAGGAAGCCCUCCUGCUGCUACUGAUUAGCGAGUCCAUGGCCAACCGGGACGCUGUCCUGAGCAGGAUUCCUGAGCACAACAACGACCGCAUCAUUAGCCUACAGUCUGCCUCUGUGGUGUAUGAUCUGCUGACCAUAGCUCUGGGCAGGAGGGGGCAGUAUGAGAUGCUGUCAGAGUGUUUAGAGAGAGCUAUGAAGUUCGCAUUCGAGGAGUUCCAUUUGUGGUACCAGCUCGCCUUGUCGCUAAUGGCUGCUGGCAAAUCCGCUCGUGCUGUCAAGGUUCUCAAGGAGUGCAUCCGCCUGAAGCCAGACGACCCAACCAUCCCACUGCUGGCUGUUAAAAUGUGCAUUGGUCCCCUGCACUGGUUGGAUGAAGGUGAGAAGUUUGCAAAGAUGGUGAUUGACAUGGAAGAGAAAGCAGCAGAAUUCAGAGGCAAAGGCUACUUGGCAAUCGGUCUGGUUUACAGCCUCAAGGCCACUGAUGCUUCACUUCGGAGCACACAGGAGGAGUACCAGAGGAAAGCUUUGGGAGCCUUUCAGAGAGCACAGAGUCUGUCUCCCACUGACCAUCUGGCAGCUUUUUAUCUGGCUUUGCAGCUUGCUGUAUCCAGACAGAUCCCCGAGGCAUUAGGAUAUGUUCGACAGGCGCUGCAACUCCAAGGAGACGAUGUCCACUCCCUCCACCUGCUGGCCCUGCUUCUCUCUGCCCAGAAACACUAUCAUGAUGCUCUUAACAUCAUAGAGAUGGCCCUGUCAGAGUACCCUGAGAACUUCAAUCUGCUGUAUACCAAGGUGAAGCUGGAGGCCAUGUGUAGAGGACCAGAGGAAGCUCUGCUCACCUGUAAACACAUGCUGCAGAUCUGGAAGAGCUUUUACAACCUGACUAACCCCAGUGAUUCAGGCCGUGGCAGCAGCCUGUUGGACCGAGCCAUAGCAGACAGACGACAGCUCAAUGCCAUGACGCUGCCCGACUUCAGUGACCCUGACACUGUCUCAGGUUCUUCUUCUUCCCUCUCUGGUUUUGAACCAGUUUCUCCAACCUCCCCAUCAACAGUGUCCACCCUUUCCUCCCCGCUGUCCUCACCUUCAUCACCUCUCUACUUUUUCCAGCCUCCUCCCCUUGUCGCUUCAGCCAGAAACCCAUCCAGCCCCCCUCCCCUUUCUUCUCCUCCGCCCUCCUGUCCUGGUCCUCUUCCAACACCCACCAAGACCAGGACCCACACGUUUUACAACCACAUCGUUCUGCGACAGCUCUCCAACUGCGGCCCUCAGGACGCUAACACUCUUGGUUUUCCCUCCAUGUUUUCUGUUUGUUCGGUGCAUGCUACAUCUAUAGCGGCCAGCCGGGUGGAGCAGGCUCUGUCAGAGGUGGCCUCUUCUCUGCAGAGCAGCGCUCCCAAACACGGACCCCUCCAUCCCUGGAUGACCCUGGCUCAGAUCUGGUUACAUGCAGCUGAGGUGUACAUCGGCAUGUCGAAACCUGCAGAGGCCACAGCGUGCACCCAGGAGGCUGCCAACCUCUUCCCCACCUCCCACAACGUUCUGUACAUGAGGGGGCAGAUAGCCGAGCUGAGGGGCAACAUGGAUGAUGCCAAACGAUGGUACGAAGAAGCCCUGUCCAUCAACCCAACUCAUGUCAAAACCAUGCAGAGACUGGGUCUGAUUCUGCACCAGCUGCAGCGCUACAGUCUAUCUGAGAAAGUCCUGAGGGAUGCUGUGCAGGUCAACAGCACGGCUCACGACGUGUGGAACAGUCUGGGCGAGGUGCUGCAGGCUCAGGGGAACGCCGCUGCCGCCACCGAGUGUUUCCUCACUGCCUUGGAGCUGGAGGCCAGCAGCCCCAUCCUGCCUUUCACCAUCAUUCCCCGAGCACUAUGAGACGCCAUCAUAAACCAGGGAUCUGCAAACUGCUCCCUACACACAAGACUAAGUGUAAACAGCUGUGCAGAUGUUUCUCACACUAUGUACAUAAAUGCAAAUAUAAUUUUCCUCUGCUGUGUGUUGGUGUGCGCCGACAUGUUUUCCUGCGUCUCGUUUGUGCACCUUUGUCCUUGUACAUACAAUAACGUUUGCAUUCGAAAGCCUAAGAUUUUGUUUACACUUUAUUUUGUCCAAAGAAACACAGGUUGGUUUUAAAAUCCCAUUACUGCCAGGAAAAAAUAAAUGCUUUGACGUUUGCUUUAAGAGCCAAACAUCUGGAUAAAACAACAGAUUCACCCGCUGCUGUUAAACCAGAGCGGAUUGCUGUUACUGUACCAUCCACUGGAGACAUGAUCAUUGGAUCAAUUAGUCAAUAAAUGCCAAAAAAAGAUCUGUAUGAAUUCAGACAGAUUAAUGGACUAUUUUAUUAUUUCUGUGGGAAUUUUUAUCAUGUCAACGCAUGCUGUUAUUUAGAUUACAGAAUACAAUAUGCACAGAAGAGAGCUGUUACUGAUAAGCGGGAUCUGUUUCAACAACCAGGUUUUCUAUGUAAAAGCAUCCAUCUUGUUUGUCUUUGCAUUCUGUCACAGCCAGGUUAUGUUUUCCUUUAGAUUUUUUUUUAUCAUAAAUUUAAAGAGUUAUUGAUGUAUAUUUGAUUGACCCUCAUGUUUUAAUAUUUCAGACAGUAAGUUAUGAUUAUACACAGUGAAGCUGUGGGCAGAGUGAGGAGAUGAACGGGUUCAGUUUAAUCAUCGAGUUGUAUUUGCUGUAAAUCAGUGACUGAAAUGAUAAUAAAGAUCCUCUGUAAAGCUG